AUGUUAUAAUUUAGAAGAACUAUUUUUGAUUAAAAUGAAGACACAGUCAUGUGGAAAUCAGAUAAUUAACCUCCUCCACUUCCCUUAUAAUAACAAGGUACAAUUCAAUUGUGCUUUAUCCAGGAAAUGUAUUGAUGAAAUCAUAUGACAAAUAUAUCCCAGUCUAUUUAGAAAUAUGUCCUGAGAGAUUAUAUAAAAGACUACCAUAAAAUCAACUUGUAUAUUGUACAUUGGAUAAGUGCAGGUUGAAAAAAUUUUCAUUUUAUGAUUAAGUAUUACCCCAUCAUAAAUAUGGCAUAACACUCUAAUAAAGAGAUUAAUAGGAGACCUUCCUUAUAGACUCACCAGAUGAAUUUAGAAAAUGGUUUCUUUUAUUUAAAAGAUAUUGCGUUUUGGAUAAAUUCAAAUAAAAAUUUAAAGUUCUCAAUAAAUCUAAGAUGGAAGAUCCUUUAUUUGGAUAAUGUUAUUAUAAUUGCAUCCAUAGCAAUAAUUAUAAAUUAGUAAAAAUAAUUGAUAAGGCAAAUAUAACUAAUUAUUAAUUAUAAUGUUUAAGUAAAGAGAUUAGUAGUCUUCGUAAAUUGAAGUAAUAUUUAAAUAACCUAGUUCUCCUUUGAUAAUAUUCUUUAAUGAACUUUAUGAAGAUGAUUCAAAUAUUUAUAUUGUAUACAAUCAUUAUUAGGGUUUGGAUAUGAGGAAUUGGAUAAAGGAGAAUUCUCAAAAUUUGGAAGAGAGAUUAGUAGCUUAAAUCAUGUUUAAUCUUCUAACGGCAAUAUCUCAUAUGCAUUCUAGAGGAGUGUUUCAUAGAGAUAUCAAAUUGGAUAGUAUUCUAAUUUAAAGUUAAUUACCCUCUGUAUUAUUGACAAAUUUCUGUUAUUCAGAAACUUAUAUCCCUUAAACCACAUAUAAGAAGUGUGGAACUCCAGGAUUUAUAGCCCCUGAAAUUUUCAAAACAAAACUAUACACUCCUAAAGCAGAUAUGUUCAGUUUAGGCUGUUUAUUUUAUGUGCUUUAUUUUGGUAAAAUCCCUUUUAGUGGAUCUACAUAAGAAGAGAUAUUAUAGAAGAAUGAAGCUGCAGUUAUUGAUUAUCAAAUUUAGUAUUUUCUUAUAGUUAAAAAAGGAAGUAACUUUGUAGGAAGGUGUCUUCUUCAGGGAUAAAUUUAUUGAAGGCUCUUUUGAUUUCUGAUCCAGAAUAGAGAUUAUCUGCUUAAUAAGCUCUUCAACAUCAUUGGUUUAUUAAGAUGGGUACUAAACAAUAGGCAAAGUUCCACAAAAAUAUUAUAAAAGGGAAGUCUCUGUCAACAAUAAUAGAGAAUUCAGUUGAUAUUACUCAUAGGUAGAAUAAGAUUUUAAUUAUAUAGUAUUUAAUGUUAGAUUCCAUCAAGUACAUUUAUUGAGGAUAAGGUGGAUAAGGAGUUCACAGCAGAUAAUUUGAAAGAUAGACUGCAGAAAUUUAAUUCAAUUUAGUUAAAACCUUCUAAACAUAGACACUAGUAUUAUUAAUGA